UUUGCUGUCUCACUGCAUUGCACUAUAUAUUCAGAGCAGAAGAGAAACAUAGUUGUUAACCGUUCACUUUCACUCUCUCUCUCUCUCUCUCUCUCUCUCUGUAGAUUUGGUUUGUGUGUGGUAGCUUCAUCGUCCCCACUGAAUAGUGAGGGGAAGCAUAGCACCCCACCAUCCUAUUUCACUCUCCCAAUCAUGCCUUCAGGUGCUAAGAAGAGAAAAGCGGCUAGGAAAAGGAAGGAAAAGGAAAACAAAACCAAUCCAUCAACCAACAAUCCCCAAGGAAAUGGUGGUUUGAAAUCAAUAGGGGAGGAAGGAAGUGAUAGUGGUGAGGGUAAUUUUCCUGCAUAUAACGGACAUGAUGACCAGCAGAAUCCAUUCAAAGAUGGAAGUGGAGAACUGGAAUCUGUUGCACAGCCGCAUGCUUCUGAUGUUGAGUCCUUGAAAGUAGUCUCUAGUGAAGUAAAGAUUGACCAAGUGUUUGGAGAAAAGGAAGAUUGUGUUGUUUUGGUAGACAAAAGUUUAAGUUUUGAGCACAAUGAGACUGCCAAGGAAUCAUAUUUUGAGAAUGAGAAUGAGAAUGGCAGCGAUACUUCACAGGGUGAAUCCCUCUCCGAGAAGAACUCGAACAAUGGGAAUUGUAUUUCAGUCGAAGAGGCCAUUGUUUGUCAUGUCUCUGUUAAGUCUAAUGAUUAUGUGUCUAAGGUAGAAAACAGUGAUAGUGGAAGUGUAGUACUAGAUAAGCCGGUAGUUCAUCCUGAAGAAGGGAACAAUCUCGCUAUAAAGUUAAAUGAGGAUAAUGUAUGCUCCUUAACCAAUGAGAAUGUGAGAACAUUAAGUAUGGAGGAGCCUAAGACAAAGGAAUGUGAUAGUGAAACUUUAACUCCAGUGUCUGCUAGUCCUUUCACCAAAUUUGCCAAUGGUGCAAAACAUUUUAAGGAUUCUGAGCUCGCAGAACGUUCCAAGACUCAGCCUCAUGCAGCAGCAUUGGCUCCAAAUAUGGUGCAAAAGACCUCAUGGUUGAGUUGCUGUGGAUUGUUUGAAGUUCUCUCAAGUUCAAAUAGAUAAUUUCAGAAAUACAGCGACAGUAUCUGAACUGAUGGGUCAAACAUGUGAAGAUUUAGAAGCAUUUUUGUCCAGAAUUUUGCUAUAUGUUGAUACAGAUUAUCUCCUUUGAUGAUUUUCUAAAAUAUAGCAGGCAACUAGACAAAACUGUAUAUUUUUCUAAAAUAUACAGAUUAUAAUCCAUACAACGUUUGUUUACAUUACAGUGGAUGUUUGUUUGUAGUUAUUGUUUAAGCAACAAUGACAAUCUUUCAAUGUUUUUGUUAA